ACAAACUUCGUUCGUGAUGUGUUUUGCAAACGUUGAACCGCACUUUCGGUUACUUUAGCAGCGCGCAACGGCACGGCAUUUGUAAACAAAUCAUCACCGCGGACGGAAGUACAAACAUUUGGGUCGGAAGUUCGACAAGUUCAUAAGAGAAACUAAUCUGUGAAUGAACUCUAAAGUUAGCACAUUCCGGUCGCAGAGCUAGUGAUUUUUUUUGGGAGAUCAUGCCUACAUGGAACCAGAUGCAGUCGCAACUUCGGCACCCCAACAAUCCGGUGGUGUUUAUGGACAUUACCGUCGGAACAUCAGAAAUUGGACGAAUGGUAUUCGAGCUGUUUGCGGACGUGGUCCCGAAGACUUGUGAAAAUUUUCGUCAAUUUUGCACCGGCGAGUACAAAAAGGAUGGUGUUCCGAUCGGAUAUAAAGGCUCCAGCUUCCAUCGAGUGAUUAAGGAUUUCAUGAUCCAGGGGGGAGAUUUUGUGAAUGGCGAUGGAACUGGAGUGAUGAGCAUUUAUGGUAACAAUACAUUCCCUGAUGAAGGCUUUCUGUUGAAACAUGAGGCACCGGGCUUGCUUUCGAUGGCGAACAGCGGGAAGGACACUAAUGGGUGUCAGUUUUUCAUUACGUGUGCAAAGUGUAAUUUUCUGGACUACAAACACGUUGUGUUUGGGAGGGUACUGGAUGGAUUGCUUAUCAUGCGAAAAAUAGAAAACGUUCCGACCGGGCCGAACAAUAAGCCGAAACUGCCGGUAGUGAUCUCACAGUGUGGCCAGAUGUAGUUGUAGUGAAAUGCACCCCGCUAGAUUAUAGGAGCUCCAAUCUACCACAUAAGGAUACAAUUUUAGACAUCGGACGUCUGUAUCAAUUAUCGACAUUUAACAAGAAAACAGGCGAAAACCACAUACCAUUUACCGAUGCUCACAA